CAAAGUUAAAAACCCUAGCCCCUCUUUCUCACUCCCUCUAUCUAUCUUUCACUCAAAUCUCUUCCCUCGCCACUUCUCCCUCCAUUUUCGCUCUCUAGGUUUUCGAGCUUCGUCUCUCGAAUCCGAAAGCUGAAUCUUUCCCGAAGUAGAAGGUCUCUGUUAAUCUGAGCUGUGACUGCAUAUGGGGAAGGUAUCACCGAAGGAUUCGGAUUCGAAGAUCUCAACGAGGAAGAAGAAGCUGAAGAGUUCGAAUAACAAAUAUUUAAAGCCUGGGGCUCUUGUUCAGCUUUGUUACAGCAAAGCCUCGGCUACUGCUAAGUCUUGCAAUGAUCUGGGGAAGAAACGUGUACCUGUGUUUGAUACUAAGCCUGCGGAAGAUGUUAUUUCUCUCAGAAGCCCUCUGGUUUCGUCCCCUGUUAACGUUGUUAAGCGGAGCAGUGUGGUGAGGCCGAUGAAGUUUGAUGAUUUGCAGGUGGAGAGUAGGAAGAGUCCUCUAAUGUCAUCUCCUGUGGGUAUCGUUAGGCAAAACUCGUUGCUGAGGACGCCCAAGACGCCGCAAGCUGAGCCAUGCAACUCUGAAUCUCAGUUUGAGUCUCUUCCCAUGGAUUUACUGGUUAAGAUUGUGUGUCAUCUGCACCAUGACGAGCUGAAGGCGGUGUUCCAUGUUUCUCAGAGAAUAAGGGCAGCUGCCGUGAUUGCAAGACAGUAUCAUUUCAAUUUUACAACGCCAGACCGCUCAAGACAGGAAAUGCUGAGUGUUCUGACCCCAUUGCCAAUAAAUCGUUGGCCAUUUGUUAGCAAGGGUGAUGGAAACGCAAGAGUCAUGGCGAGCCCACACACCCCAAAAGCGCCGAGACAUGGUCCUCGACCACCUUGCCGAACUAAACUAGCAGAGAUGAAGCAAAUCGCCGCUGUUCUUUUCCAAGACCAGACAGCUUUCCCUUCCAGGUGCAACGUUCCUUCGGUUCUCCAGAGGCCGACUCUGUUCAAACCACUGGCUCCAAAGCACCCUCGUGUGCUCUUCUAUGAAGAUGAGUUAUGUCAAGCUGUUGCUCAAAACAACCUUCAGUGAUUAUGCUUUGCUACAGUCACAAGACGCUUUCGUUUCGCUUCUCUGUCUCCUGUUCAUAUUAAGUUUGCCUUCAUCGCCGCCGUUCAUGAUCAUCUCCAUCAUGAUUAUCGUCACCAGCGUCGUCUCCAGUUAUAGACUAUAUAGUAUUAAGUAGCAUGCAAGUUUUGUAGCAGUGCUAGUUCAGGGUAUUAGGGUUUUUUACAUGGCAAUAUCGUAGUAUCAUUUCAAGGUUUUCGAGUUUCAAGUCAUCUGAGUUUGUCUUAAUAAUAAGCAAGUGUUUUCUGAACUUGUCAGUUGAGUCUUGGGUAUAUUUUUCUGCAUUUAUAUGGACCAAUUGUUUUAUUUUUCUCCUUUUUAUGAAAUUUUUUUACUUU